AUUUCAAAAGCCAAAGCGCGCGCAUCACAAGUUUAUUUGUUUGUAAUAAAAAAAAACGUUCUCGAGUGUUUAAAAAAUAAAACCGUAAUAAAAAUUAUUUGAAAUUACAAAACAUAAACAAAAUAAUCCCCACGAACUGUUAAUAUUUAGAUAACAAAGGUGUUAUAAAUUUGUAAAUAAUAAUAAAACGAAAUUUUUAUAAGAAUUAUAUAUUGAUUUUAUUUGAAGGAUAUUGUUUACUGAUCCGGUAAUUAAUUGAUUUAAUUUUUAAGUCACGAAUUUUGUUCGCUUUCAAAUAGAGCAGCAGACACAAUGGCUGGAAAAUUUGAAUACACAUUGGGCGUCAAUGAACUAAAAUCGAAGGAAUUUCGUUUAUGGCAAUCACUUAUUGGUGAAUUUCUUGGAAAUUUAAUAUUGAACUUUUUCGCUUGUGGUGCUUGUACACAACCCGAAGAUGGUACUUUUAAGGCGUUAGCUUUUGGUCUGGGUGUUUUUAUGGCCAUCACUAUUGUUGGACAUCUAAGUGGUGGUCACGUAAAUCCUGCUGUAACAUUGGGUAUGUUAGUUGCUGGUCGUGUCAGUGUCAUACGUGCGGUACUCUAUAUAAUAUUCCAAUGUUUAGGAGCAAUUGCUGGUACGGCGGCAGUAAGAACUUUACUCGAUGAGGCCUACUAUAAUGGUUUGGGUCACACAAAUUUGGCUGCCAAUAUAACUGAACUACAAGGACUUGGUAUUGAGUUCUUCUUAGGUUUGGUUUUGGUAUUAACUGUGUUUGGGGCCUGUGAUGCUAAUAAACCCGAUUCCCGUUAUACUGCUCCUUUGGCCAUUGGCAUGGCUGUUACAUUGGGCCAUUUGGGUACCAUACAUUACACUGGCGCCAGCAUGAAUCCAGCCCGUACUGUAGGCACUGCUUUUGCCACCAACAACUGGGAAGCCCAUUGGGUCUACUGGGCUGGUCCAAUUUUGGGUGGCAUUGCAGCUGCUUUGAUUUACACACAAAUUUUGGAGAAACCAGCUGCAGCAAAGGUUAGUGAAGUAUCGGAUAAAUACAGGACACAUGCCGAUGAACGUGAGAUGAGAAAAUUGGAAGGAGCACACGAUUACGCUUAAUAAAUCAAACAUACAAUCAUCAGUAAUCUCUGUGUGAAGUCCUAAAACAACAACGACUUUUCUAUUCAAAAUUUCCAAUAACACAUCCGAAUUAUAUGUAUUUGGAAAUCGAAUAUGCACAUACAUACAUAUUAAUUCAAAUAAGUUUAAGAUCAUUUCUACAGACAGGCAUAUAAAUAGUUUAUUUCUUUUUUAAUUUUAAAAAAGUUUAUCAAUUAUUUAUUUAAUUUAUUCAAAUUUAUAAAUUUUGUGUGUUCUACAACAUCAUAGAAUUUAUGGCCAGAAUAGGGUCAUAGAUUUUUAUGAUGUUUUUUUAUUACCAUUUAUUCGUACAUUUAAAUAAAUACAAAACAUUUUUAAAUAUGUAUUUAUUAAUUAAUAAUAAUUAUAAAUAAUCCGAGGUAUUUGAAAUAUUUAUUUUGUAUUGUUUUAAUCAUAUUCCGUAAUAGCAAUUAAAUUACUAAUUAUAAUUUACUUAUAAUUAAGAAAAAAUAUUGACAUUGUAUACAAACUAAAACCAAAUAUACUCUUUAAAAAAAAUA